AUGGAUUUCAAUGGUGAUGAACCUGAAUUAGGACUUUUGAAUGAAAUAGGUUUAGAUCAUAUCGAUGCUAUUGAUGAUGAGCUUGGUGGCGUCGAUAUUUUAGAUAGAAAUAGUAGACUCACACGAAGACUUUUCGUUGGUAUACCUCCAAAUGAACGCCAUUUAUGGUUAGAUAUGAUCAACCAACAAUUAAUGAGAGCUAGAAGAGCUUCAAGUAGGGAUAAAAAGAAUAAAUUAUUUAGAAUAAUAUGGGUGUAUGGUAAUAGAAUACCAUUGCCUCAUGUAAACUAUAGGAAAUUAUAUAGAGACCUAAAGGUUGGCGAAUGCAUUAGGUUACUCCAAAGUAUAUUAUUUUACACAUUUGAUGCUUUUAGGAAGCUUCUUAUGUAUUACCUUAUGUUUGAAAGAGUGCUUCCUCUAAUACGAAUGUUUUUAGAAAUUUCAGAGGUAGUGACGUUCUCCAAUAGUUCAUUCGGCCAGCUUUUAACGUUCAUUUUAGAGGAGAACCAUAGCAUUUUCGAUCAUAGACGUAGGCUAGCAGAAAUGAAUUGUCAUAAUGAUCAAAUGAAUAACUAUAAUGUUAGAAGUCUUUUAGUAGAAUGGAUAUUAUCAGAUGGUUGGUUGACAAUAGCGAGAGAUGUUGUAGACAAACAAAGCAAGAGGACUGUAAAGCAACACAUAUCGAUUAUUCAAGCUUUUAAAGAAACCAUAUACAAUUCUGUAACCUCGGGUCUACAAGUUACCUGCAUUUCCUUGAUGGAGAGAGAUAGCUGUAAGCUGAGAUGUUACAUAGAUGAAAACACUCUCAUAUUCAAGUUUUCGAAUGUACUUAAGAACUUCUUCCCCAUCUUCCUGGAAAACCAUUCCUGGUUACUAAAGUUAUCUACUGUUGUACUAUGGGCAACUUAUAUUUUAGGCAUGUAUGCGAUAAGCACUGGUGUUUUAUGGAAUUUGAUUGUUUCCAGCGCAAGAAUAGGUCAACGGUACAUUGCAUUUUUCAUGCACUUCUUCAAAACUUUAGAUUCAAUAGGAGUAUUUUAG